AAAAAUCGAAAGACAUACUUUUAUGGUGUGCAGCACCCGAUGCAAUAUUGAGACUUUCAGAAGAACGAGAUAAUAUGCAAGAUACGUAUUGGAACAAACAGUCACACGAAAGCCUGAAAGAAUAUCUGUCUUUUCAUUUCAAAAAAAGGGAUAAAGACAGACUUUACGCACAAAUAACAACCCACUCGUCACUGUUGACAGCGGCAUACAAACACACUCUCAGAGAUGCAACCGGGAUGCAUCCCAGCAGAAUUUUGAUUUUAGAAGCACUGCAAUCCUUUGACACAGAGCAACAGUUCAUUAGCAAGAUCAAAGACCACAUUCUAAGGUCACAGAAUGACGAGCCAGUUCUCAUCGUUGUGCAGUGUGAUUCUGGUGACAAAAACACAAAUUUGAUUGCAUGUGCAAAGUACGCUGUUAUAAAUGAAUGUACCAAGCUAAUAUACAAAGCACCUGUCAGCAUAAUUUUUAUUGUACAAUUGACGCCAAUGGAAAAUAAAAACUUUUACAGUAUCCAGUGUGGUGACUGGCACUCAGUUCAUAUAGAUAAUCUCUUAACUCCAGGAAUUGCAAUGCCAUCAAUUAAUGAUAUGCAAAGAAAUAGAAUGAGUGUUCUUAUUGCAAAGUCAAUUGAAAGCAGAAACAACUUCUCACUUGAUCAGAAUGAGACACCACAUGAACAAGACAAGUGUCUUAAUUUACGACUGUUGAUAGAACGUAGUCUGCAGAGAGCUUUGUCAUUAGUAAGGGACCCUGAAGAAAACAAACACAGGUCCACUCAACGAGUGUCAUUGAUACUGCUCAUAUUACAUGACAGGUCAAACAAAGGUAUAGUCUUUAGACACAAAUAA